AUGUCCAAUAUUGAAGAGUUAGAACAAGAUAUAGCUUCACUACGAAGAGAAAAGCAACCUGCUAAUACUGUAAUGCGGGAAUUUGAAGAGUUGUUCCAGCAAUUUCCACAGCUGCGCGAUUUACUGUACAAAGAAUACAAAGGCCCUGGGGAUGAAACACUUUUAGAGCCCCUUCAGGACCAAAAUUUGGUGGAAAAGUUCCAAACUCCUAGUAGAAAAAGGCCUAAAACCAAAAGCUCGGAUAACUUACCAGAAGAUGAAUGGGUGCUUCAAAACCAAGUACCUUUAGAACAUAAUCUAUUUGACAAAAGUGUAGGAGACAUUUUAGACACAGAGAUAUUAUCAUCCCCAUCCAAGCGCCGUCAAAGACUUAAUGGAGAUGAUAGAAGUUCGAUUGGUAACCUACCAUUAGAUAAUUUACACGAUCAGAUAAUGGUCGAAAACAUCUUCAGACUUUUUGGAAUAACGUUUUUCCCUGUAGUGGACCCUUCUGACCUACAGAUGAAUAUUGAAACACAAGAAAUGGAUACAAUGAGAGAAAUGCUGGGAAUAAGAUUAGAUAUUUUUGAUGAAUUAUCAAAAAAGUAUGACAAACCAAUGUAUAUUCUGUUAAAGAAGAAAAUAAAAUCUGACACAUGGGACAUAUUCAAACAUACGAUACCCAGCUAUAUAGGCGUGGAAAAGAUUUUUGAAGAGGUUAGUGCAGGACUGGCCAUAUCCUAUGAAGAUAUUUAUUUAUUUUCUAAAGAAAUCUACUUACAAUUAUUAAAAGAAAGUGCCAGAAAAGGUAAAUUGAAAAAGUUCGAAGAAAAAGGUCUGAUAUCAAAUCUUCGUAUAAGCUUGAGCUCCACUAAAGUCUCAUUUUCUAUCGGAACCUUUGAAAUAGAAUUGUAUUUACAGGACAAUAUCAUAAUAUCUUGCUCUUUUGUUAAGGGCAUACGUGAUGCAAGCGUUAGAUCCAAAUGGGAGGUUCUUUUUAAUGGGCCAUUAGAAGAUUUAGAAUAUAAAUUACGCCAACUCAAAUGA